UUUAGGCAGCGUGGGGUUUGGCUGCUGGAUUGGCAGGGCGGAGCUCGGUAAGAGCCGGUAGUGGGGCGGAGUGAAAGCAUCUCAGUUGGAAGACGCCAAUGUCCGGGUGGUUUAGAAGAAAAUGCAGCUAUGCCCGGCGUGCCUCUUGGUCCUGGGGGCGGCGCUGGGGGUUUCUGUGCCGGGGGGCUGUUGCGGCUCACACUCCCUGCAUUAUUUCUACCUGCGACUACUAGAGCCCAGCCAGGAGCUGCCUCCGUCCUUCAUUAGGGGCUACCUGAAUGACCAGCCCAUCAGUCGCUAUGACAGUCUUGCCAGGAGAGGGGAAUCUCUGGUAUCCUGGAUGGAGGAAGUGGAGAAGGAGACCUUUCUGUCCCUUGAGUGGGUCUUCAGGAGUGAGCUGGAGAAGUUGUCAAGACUCAACCACCCAACAAACGGGCUUCAUACCUGGCAGGUGAUUUUGGGCUGUGAGCUCCGGGAAGAUGGGAACAAAGGUGGAGUUUUCCGCUAUGGCUACAAUGGGAUGAACUUCAUCAGCUUCCAGAAGGAGACCCUCACCUGGGUGGCAGCUCAACCCCAGGCCAGGGAAGUCAAGGAGAAGUGGGACAAGGAUGCAGGGUGGUCCCAGAAAAAUAAAGUCUACCUGGAGAAGACCUGCAUUGUGUGGCUGCAGAGAUACCUGUCCUACAGGAAGAAGGCUCUGAGGAAGACAGGUAGUCCUCGACCCAUGACCACAAUAGAAUCCAAAAGCUAUGGGAGUCAAUAG